UCUUCCAUCUUCUUCUUUCAUUUCCCAUAAGGAACAAUUUUUUUCUUCAUUUUCAUUUUAUUCUUAAAAUUUGCAUGCUUUUGUUUCUUCUUUUAGUUCAUGAUUUUGGUUUCUAAUAAUUCUCCUUGGCCUUCUAAUUAGAUAAUCUACAUUGGUUUUUCUGGAUUCAGGGUUUGGACAUUCACAUUUUUUUGAGCUCUUAGUUUCAACCAGGGAUUCUUAUGAGCCAUGCUUAAAUUUAUCAGCUUCUCCUGAUUUUCGUGGCUGAAUUGGUGUAAAUAAAGCUGUAGAGAGUUUGGUUCAAAAUCCUAAUGGUUAUUUAUACUCUUUGCCGUUUGGUUCAAAAUCCUGAAAGACCAAUCUAUUUUUAUGAAAAUUUAUAGAGAUAAUUGUCCAAGAGAAAUCCUGAUUAUUAGGCUUCUGCCACUUUUCAGUGUAAGAUCAAUCUCGUAGAAUGAUCCUUUUACCAUUAGAAGGUCCACCUAUAACAACAGAUUAACCAAUAAAACUGGUCAAUUGGUGAGAAAGAAAUUUAUAUCUACCUGAUAUAAUAGCCGCAACUACCGUUCUGAUAGAAAUGGAAUCUUUCACACCCUUUGUAAAAACAGCAUCACAGUAAGACAGUAUACAUCCCGUAGGAUAUGGAUUUAAAUAGUUGUGCAGAGUUAAAUCUUAUCUCUGGUUUUUUGUUCUGGUCUUCUAUUUUCUUCCAUUUUCUAAUGGUUUUGAAGCCAACCAACAAAAUGCCUUCCAAAAUAGAGCGCUGAAAUUAAUCUUGCUUCCAUAUUGACGUAAGGAUUGUGGCGCAAUACUUUUCCUCUAUUGAUAUUACUUACAUUAUUCCUUUGCUAAUAGUACAAGAUUCCUUUUUGUUUAUAUGCUCCAUGUUGAGUGUUACUAUAACUUUGUUUAGUCAAUACUUUAUCCUCCAAUGGGUUUCCAGAUUUAAGGUAAAACCAUGACAUGUAUAGGUUGUUUUCUUCCCUCCUGGUAGGAAAACACAGAGGCCUAUGACUAAUAUCAAAUUCUGAACCAAAAAUGUUGCGGCCCUGGAAAUGAGAUUUCAGGAAGCCUAAGCUUGAUGGACAGCAUAUCCAGCAGCAGCGAGAAGAAAAAAUUAAAGAGGUGGUUUUUCGCUGACAAAAGGGUGGGAUAGAAAGAUUAGGUACUCCAUACACCUACUAAUAUUCAGUGGUCUUCUACAUAGCGAAAUAAAAAUCAGUAAAUUCUGAGACAUAUAAUGGACUUAAAUUCAGCGAAUGCUUCUCCUGUUCUUACGGAUCCUUCACUGAUAAACAAGUCUACAUUUCGGAUCUGUUCAAAUUUAUUGCCUUAUUCACAAUCGGGGCCUUCAAUCUCCACUAGCGUGCUAAUGAUUCCGAGAAAAAAGCCAGGGAAGCUUGAUGAUGUUCGUUCUAAUGGUUGGCUUGAUGCAAUGAAGUCUUCUUCGCCUCCUAGUAAGAAGGUUCAAAAGGAAGUAGACAUCCAGGAUUUCUCAGAUGAUGCUGAUAUUGUUUACUGCUCUUGGAUGUUCAAGUAUCCAUCAGCUCUUAACUCCUUUCAGCAAAUUGUUAGCCAUGCAAAGAAUAAACAGAUUGUUAUCUUCUUAGACUAUGACGGGACUCUUUCUCCUAUUGUUGAUGACCCUGACCGAGCUUUUAUCUCCGCUGAUAUGCGUUCAGCUGUCAGGGAUGUUGCCAAGUAUUUCCCAACAGCCAUCAUCAGUGGAAGAAGCCGUGAUAAGGUUUAUCAGUUGGUAGGAUUAACUGAACUCUAUUAUGCUGGUAGCCAUGGUAUGGAUAUCAUGCUUCCAAUUAAAAAUGAGGUGUGCAGUUAUGGUUCACUUAUUAAAUAUACUGACCAGCAGGGCAAGGAAGUUAAUCUAUUCCAGCCUGCUCGUGAAUUUUUGCCUAUGAUUGACGAGGUAUUUAGAACCCUUGUCGAUAAAACAAAAGAAGUAAAAGGUACAAAAGUUGAGAACCACAAGUUUUGUGCCUCUGUACAUUACCGUAAUGUAGAUGAGAAUAGUUGGCCAGUCGUUGCACAAUGCGUCCAUGACGUCUUGAAAGAAUACCCUCGACUACGACAAACUCAUGGCCGGAAGGUUUUAGAGGUCCGUCCUGUAAUAGACUGGGACAAAGGAAAAGCAGUUGAGUUUCUGCUUGAAUCACAAGGUUUUCGAAAUAGUCAUAAUGUGCUCCCUAUCUAUAUUGGAGAUGAUAGAACAGACGAAGAUGCAUUCAAGGUUUUGAGGGGAAGAUAUCAAGGUUAUGGGAUUCUUGUUUCGGCUAUCCCAAAAGAGAGUAAUGCUAUCUUCUCUCUCAGGGAUACCUCAGAGGUCAAAGAGUUCUUGGAAUCUCUUACGAAAACUAUGGAAAAUCACUAAAAUUAAAAUAAAAGGAGGGGAGCAGAAAGGAUAGUAUAGAUAAGAAACAUUACAUUAGGUUAUUGGAGUUUUAUGAAUAAGCUGAAGCCAUUUUUUUUUAUCAUUCUUUCAGUAUUUCUAAUACAAGUGGAAGAAACAUGUACUUUCUUUCGUGUUCUCCUUUGAAUAUGUAUUAAGGCCUUUCUUCUCUGAGUUAAUGUGAUAGUAAUGUUUCAGAUGACUAUGUAGAGUUCGUUGUUCUGUCA